UGCUCCGGCCUGAGAACUCGUUACCACCGCCAGUCUGCACUAAGAGAGAGAAAGAGGCAGAGAAAGGCGGGAGAAACCAAGAAAGAAAAAUGGCCUCCACUUUAGCCUCUGCCAGAUCUGGGACUGUUAUCAAGACCCCGUUUCUAGGCCAAACCAGAGGCUCCAAUGCCAAAUCUCUCAGGGACCUUGUCUCAUUUGGAAAUGGGAAGUUCACAAUGGGAAAUGAACUCUGGUAUGGUCCAGACAGAGUGAAGUAUCUGGGCCCCUUCUCAGCACAGACCCCAUCUUAUUUGACCGGAGAGUUCCCCGGCGACUACGGAUGGGAUACUGCCGGAUUAUCUGCUGACCCAGAAGCCUUCGCAAGGAACAGAGCUCUGGAGGUGAUCCAUGGUAGAUGGGCAAUGCUUGGCGCAUUGGGUUGCCUCACACCUGAGGUCCUGGAGAAGUGGGUGAAGGUGGACUUCAAAGAGCCAGUGUGGUUCAAGGCAGGAGCUCAAAUCUUCUCUGAAGGUGGCCUCGACUACUUGGGCAACCCAAAUCUUGUUCACGCUCAGAGCAUCCUGGCAGUGCUUGGCUUCCAAGUUGUCCUGAUGGGUCUCGUCGAAGGGUUCCGCAUCAAUGGCCUCCCUGGUGUAGGAGAAGGCAACAAUCUGUACCCUGGUGGUCAAUACUUUGACCCACUUGGUCUUGCUGACGACCCUGUUACCCUUGCGGAGCUCAAAGUGAAAGAAAUCAAGAAUGGUCGGCUAGCCAUGUUCUCCAUGUUCGGGUUCUUUGUUCAGGCCAUUGUUACCGGAAAAGGCCCACUUGAGAAUCUCUUAGACCAUCUUGACAACCCAGUUGCCAACAAUGCCUGGGUCUAUGCUACCAAGUUUGUCCCUGGGUCUUAGAACUCUUUCUUACAUGGUGGAGAAUGUGAAUUUGUUGAUAUGCUUAUGUAUCAAUUAUUCAAGUUUAAUAUUCAGAUAGCCAGCUUUUAAUGUGA